GGUUUGCUUUUCCGUUGUGCAGCGUGGUGAGAGCGAGGGGGUUGUUGUAUGUCUCAUUCAUUUAAAAGCAAAUUCACGUUUAAAACGUUAAAAGAAAACUAGGUAAUAUGCCUUGUCGAAAGGAGAAUUACAUUUUUUUAGCGCAGUCUGUUACCGUGGACUCAAAAGAGGUGGACGCUCUAGUAACCAAAAUCGGCGAAGCAUUGCAGCUCCACAACAAUAAUACUACUACCACUAGUACUGCUGCUAAUCAGAAGACAGUGUCAUGUCUUCAUAGUAACAACAACAGCCACAACAACUACCACACCAAACAGAAUAAUGCAGCGCUUCAAAAACGACCCGGCUGCUGUUUUCGACUCAGGAGUCGGGCUAAUCAAAACCGAGGGAGCCCAUAUUCAAUACCACAGGACACCGAUCAAGAGUGGGGGAGUUUGAGAGCCUGGAAUCGAAAGAAAAUUGACGUUUCACAGGAGGACGACCCCCACCAGCUUCUUCAGAAAUUGAUUUUGUCUGGAAACCUGAUUAAAGAAGCAGUGAAGCGCCUUCAGUUUUCUGCGGCAGAACGUGCAGAACAUUCAGAAUCUAACGCCGGUGAUAAUCUGCAAUGGUAAUGAUGUGACACAGCUGUAUACACAUUUUCAUUAAAAAAAAUCGAAAGAAAUGGAUUGCCUGUCGUUGAAAAUUAAGAUUCCACCGGGGCUAUUUUUUUCUAAACAAUAAAAAUACUUGCUACCUGUGGUUUUUACAGUUUAUAACAUGCAAUUAAUAAAAUCAGACUCUUUUUAGAAACUGUUUUAAAUAAAUAUUUUUUUGUAAGUCUUAAUUUUUUUUUACAUAGAAAUGUUUUUUUUUAUGUACCGUUAUGUGUACAAUCAUCGUUUUUUAUUGUUAAGGACUGAGAAACCUAAUUUGAAUUUCCCCUCAAUGGCGUGGCAUGUACAUUCUCUGUUUGUACCACACAAGCCAACAUGUUUACGUGCAACCGGUGCACUGUGGGACUUUUGGUUUUCUGUUAAACAUCAAUAACAUGUUUUAGAUUUUUUUUAAGUUUGGAUAUUGUUUGAGACGAAAACAACACUUGCCUUGUUUACAUAGAUAAACAUAUGUCUUUUUUAACAGAUGGAAUUAAAUGGUAACCCAAAGUCGUUGUUCUUAAUAAUAAUGCACUCUGUCCUAGUUGGAUACCAACCAAAACGAUGUUGUUUUGACUGCAGUGAAUUUGCUUUGCAACCACGCCACUAGGGUGCAGCUCAGGAGAAUUGGCACGGCGGACAGCCUCAACUGCUGGAGAGUAGUUUUUCCAAGAAUUACUACCAACUGUUCAGACCUCGGUUGUUGUCGGAGUGUUCAUUGUUGUGGUGUAACCGUGUUGACUUUUAAACAACCCAGACACCCCCAUUUUUGAUCUCAUACAUCCCGACGAGGAGUAAAUAAUUUUGUUUACAUUAUGUACACUUCGUAACGAAGUAUUUCCACCCUUUGCCUGAUUUCUUUCCAGGAUCUUAUGUCUUUUGCAAUAAAAGCAAAUGUGGUUUUA